AUGAAAGUCAUGCGACUGGCUGGUCCUGAGACCUUGAACCCCUACGGAGCCAUCGCUGACUACCUGAUUCUCACCGCCAUCUUCACAGACGAGACGGCCGUGGAGCAAGUACAGCGCCAGUUUCCGCGCAUCAACCGGUUGAACGAGGAUGGGGAUUUGGAGCGAGCCCUUCCGCAUCGAAAGGCUACCAAAUUUGAAAUCCUUCGGUCCGUCUGUGGCGUAGGACCGAUCUACCUCUGGCCGUGGCCCUGCCUGCGUGGUCGCCGGGCUUCCAAACCGUUUUCCUUGUCGCUGGAUUCACUCUGUCCCCCGGACAGCGGGUCCUCUUCCUGUCGCUUCUCGGCCGCCAUGCCGCUG